UGGCCGAGCGUGCGCGCGCCGCUGCCUGGGCCCAGACGCCUUGCUCUCACCCGGCGGGGGCCCGUGGCCGGAUCCAGCGUGGCGUUUCGGGUGCCUGCGGGAAGCGCGUUUGCCGCCAAGGAGGGAGCGAAGGGGGCCGGCCCUGCAUGAGCGGCCGGCAGCCGCAGAGGCCCCCCAGCCCGGCCGUGGCGCCUGAGGGAUGGUCCGCGGCUUCGCUCCACAGCCUGCUUCCCAGAACGAGAGAGGAGUUUUCGCGGGGCUUCCGCAGGGCGGGAGCGGAACGGGGCCUGGCCUCGUUGCUCCGGCAGGCGGCCGAGCUGCUCUACCGGCAGCCGGAAGGCCUCGCGCGCGGGCCGGGAAGGGACGCCUGCCUGCAGCUGGGCGAGAGAAUCUGCGACUAUGCCUGGGAAAAGCUGAACACGGGGCCGUGGAGGGAAGUGGACAAGGGCUGGCGCCAGGCCUAUGCCUAUGGCUGCCUCGUCCGGGUGCUCUGCCUCUGUCAGGGCAGUGGCGGGCCUUCCGUGGAAGCCGUGCGCAUCUGUGACAUGGGGCUGCUGCUCGGCGCAUCCAUCCUGGACAACAUCCUGGGUAGGAUGGUCGAUUUACUUCAGAAGCACCUACCUUGCCACAAAAGGCCUGCUGUAGGAGAUGCCGAGAAACCCCUUAAAAAGAAAAUCUCAAAGCAAUUCUCACUGGCUCCUGCUGUAAAAGCAGAAGCUGUUAUACCACGGCUUCUGUGCCCAUCGCUAGAACAUUUCCGAGACAAUUAUCUAAUCCCUCAAAAGCCACUGAUCUUGGAGGGAAUUAUCGACCACUGGCCAUGCAUGAAGAAGUGGAGUGUGGACUACAUCCAGCAGGUGGCUGGCAACCGCACCGUCCCUGUGGAGCUGGGGUCUCGUUACACUGACACAGAAUGGACUCAAAGCCUCAUGACUGUGGACAGCUUCAUCAGGCAAUACAUCAAGAAUGAGUUUCAGAACCAGACAGGAUACCUUGCUCAGCACCAACUUUUUGACCAGAUCCCAGAACUGAAGCAGGAUAUUGGCAUCCCUGACUAUUGCUGCCUUGGCAAAGGAGAUGAAGAGGACAUCACCAUUAAUGCCUGGCUUGGCCCAGCAGGGACCAUCUCACCCCUUCAUCAGGACCCACAGCAGAACUUCCUAGCCCAGGUCAUGGGACGGAAGUACAUCCACCUGUAUUCUCCUGACCAGCGCGAAAUGCUCUAUCCACACGAAGGCCACAUCCUUCACAACACUAGUCAGGUGGAUGUAGAAAAACCUGACUUAGUGAAAUUCCCCAAGUUUGAAGCGGCUACAUCCCAAGCCUGUAUCUUAAGCCCAGGACAAGCAUUGCUGCCCUCAUGAGUGGAAAGUGCUUGAAAACUGCUGUCAUAGCUUCUGUUUGCUCAAGGCUAAACAUGUCUAGUUCCUUCAACAUUUCCUCACAGAACUUAUGUCCAGAACUGGAUCACAUACUGAAAAUGAGGUCCAACCAGUUCAGAGUAGACGAACUGUUAAAUACCUUUAUUUAGAAAGUGUACUUCUAUUGAUGCAAGCUAGAUUCUAUUUGCCUUUUUUGCAGCCAUAUCACACAGAUGACACAGUUUACAAUCCACCACAAUUCCAUUUUUUUUUCACAUGUUAAACCAGGUAUCCCCCAACUAUACCUGCGGGGUGGUGGGGUUUGUUUGUUUGGCCUGUCUUGUUACAGCAGUUUUCUAACCUAUAUAUUUUUUUUGUUUCUGCCUUCUAAGGUUUUGCCUUUUCCUUGCAGUUCUGUGUCAUUACAAAUUUAAUAAGCAUUCUCUCCCUGUUCCUCCAAGUCAUUAAUAAAACAUUUAAGAACACACAGCCCAGGAUGGAGACUUGCAGCACCUCACUCAACACCAUCCUGCAGUUCGAUGGUGCAGGCUGCUGCUGCUGUGAGCAUUCUUUGACUUGUUCUCCAGACAAGAUACUCUCCAGUCUGUGCUGAAUAAGCUUGCUGAGCAGUCCUUUGUCAGACAUCCUUCUGAAAUCAAGAUAGAUUCAUGGCAUUUCCAUAACCUACUAAGGAAACACCUGAAAGAGGAAAAGAUUAGUCUGGCAGAACGUAUUCUUAACAAAUCUAUGCUGGCUUCCAGCAGUGACUGUAGUAGUCUCAUAGGGCCUAUAGAUCAAAUCCUUCAUAAUCUGCUCUAGAAUCUUUCAAGGUAUUGAAGUCAAAUUGUGUGGUCACCAUUCUCAAUGAUUCCUCAAAGACAGGGGUCCUCUAACUUUUUAAAUGGGGCCAGUUCACUGUCCCUCAGACUGUUUGGAAGGGCAGACUAUAGUUUGAAAAAAAUAGCUAAAGAAACCCCCAAAGGAACAGCUAAAGUGACCCCCCCAUCUCAUUUCUCAACAAGGAAGUGUAAAGAGAAAAAUUUCGCUACAGCCUCCUGCUGCUGCUGUGGCCAAUUUAAAGAGCAAUCAGAGUGAGUUUUACUCCUCAAAAACAAGGAAACAGAAAGCCCCAAAUAGACAAUGCUGUGGAGUGGACAGUGGAGAAUCAUCUAACCCCGCCAAGGGACUUGAAUUUGUUAAAAGAAACCCCCAGAGAAACAGCAAAAGUGACCUCCUCCCAGCCUCAUUUCUCAACAAGGAAGUGUGGAGAGGAAAAUUUCACAAGAGCCUCAGGCUGGCCAGCAGACACAGGGAAAAAAGCAGACCGGUUUAAAUGAACAAGUUGACUUCAUGCAAACGGGAAUGCUUAGAGGGACUUAAAAAUGGAUAUAAAAAGUUAUAUUUUUCUUACCUUCAA